UUCGGUGGGGUGGCCUGGUCUCCAUGUGAGCUGCUUUUACCCUCUCUUCCAGUCUUUCUCUCCCUUUCUUGCCUCGUCGCCAUGUUUAUUUUCCUUCGCUCUUUCCUCCCACAUUCAUUUCACAGUCCCCGAAACAUGGAAAGUGGGAACAUUCAUUGUUAAUUUAUUACGACGAUGCGGUCUGUUUAAUAUAUUUUCCCUUCUUCUCUUCCUCCUUUAAUUCUCUCCUAUUUAUGACACUACCUUGUAACUGUUGGAAUAUCAUUCAACUAUAAGUCACUUUGCGGAUCCGAGGACGAGCUCUGCUGGUGAAAAUGGAGCUCAAGAACCAGAAUCACUGGCAGCCAUACGGACAUAGUGUACUGUCUAGCUUUUCCUUGCUGUUCUUCACCGUUUUCUUGGCGAGUUCAUUCACUCAGUUGAGCCAUGCCUCGCCUUCAAUGUACUCGGCACAGGGUGCUAUAAAACCUCGGCACUUGCGUCUACUCAAGAGUGCCUUAGAACGUGAAAUUUCAACAUCACAACUUUCUGAUCAGUGGACUCCUCUGGAAAACCAAGGCUGGAGAUCAUGUGUGGAAUGCGGAAGUGAACAACCAUUACCAGACAAGUCUGAGGGAUAUAUCCAAGCGUUUCUUGACGGAGGGUUAAACCAGCAAAGGAUGGGGAUAUGUGAUGCAGUUGUUGUUGCGAAGAUACUGAAUGCAACUCUUGUUAUUCCAUACCUUGAAGUUAAUCCUGUUUGGCGGGAUUCAAGCUCCUUCAAGGAUAUAUUUGAUGUGGAUCACUUCAUUGAUGUACUAAAAGAUGAUAUUUCUAUAGUUAGAGAGCUACCUGAAGAGUUCUCUUGGAGCACGAGGGAGUAUUAUGCUACUACUACACGAGAUACCAGAAUCAAGGAUGCUCCUGUUCAUGCCUCUGCCAACUGGUAUCUGAAAAAUGUUUUGCCUGUUCUACGGAGUCAUGGUGUUGCUGCAAUUGCUCCAUUCUCUCACCGUCUGACAUUUGACAACUUGCCUAUGUAUAUCCAACGGCUACGCUGUAAAGUCAACUUCCAAGCAUUACAUUUUGUUCCUCACAUCAGAAUACUUGGAGAUGCUCUUAUCAGCCGCCUUCGCUAUCCUCAAGGCUCUGCUGGAGAAACCAACUACCUCAAAGAGGUCACUGAUGCAGGCGAUAAGAGAAGGGCAGGGAAAUUUGUUGUGCUUCACCUACGAUUUGAUAAGGAUAUGGCGGCGCAUUCAGCCUGUGACUUUGGUGGAGGCAAAGCUGAAGAACUGGCUCUUGCGAAGUAUCGACAGGUGAUUUGGCAGGGAAGGGUUCUUAAUUCACAGUUCACUGAUGAAGAAUUGAGGAGUCAGGGCCGUUGUCCAUUGACACCAGAAGAGAUUGGAUUGCUGCUAGCAGCUUUAGGAUUUGACAACAGCACACGUUUAUAUCUUGCCUCUCACAAGGUAUACGGUGGGAAAGCAAGGAUUUCAACUCUGAGACAAUUGUUUCCUCUGAUGGAGAGCAAAAAGAGCCUUGCUUCGGCUGACGAACUUUCACAGAUCAAGGGAAAGGCUUCUUUAUUGGCAGCUGUUGAUUACUAUGUUGGCAUGCACAGUGACAUCUUCAUCUCUGCUUCCCCAGGAAAUAUGCACAAUGCAUUGGUUGGACACCGAACUUACUUGAAUUUAAAGACCAUUAGACCAAACAUGGCAUUGAUGGGUCAACUCUUCAUGAAUAAAAAUAUCGGUUGGUCGGAGUUCCGGCAAGCAGUGGUGGCAGGUCACCAGAACAGACAAGGUCAAAUCAGGUUGAGAAAGCCAAAACAGUCCAUAUACACAUAUCCUGCUCCUGAUUGCAUGUGUCAAGCACACACACACGAGUUGCUCACGGAUGAGUAGCCUGUGUGUGCUAGAGUUCAGUGGCUUAAUUAUUAUUUAUAACACUGGUCGCUUGAUGAAAUAAAAAGAGCAUUGACACUCCCAUUUUCACGAGGGUCGAUCACGAUGUUCUUGAUAAGGGAGCUCGAGGGUUUGUAUUGUGAAGGGAUAUUUAUUUGUUUUGUAUCUGAUUUACGCUAUAACCAGGGCAGUAUUGUUAUAUAGUAUCAUUAACUCAUUCCCACAUUUCCUGA